AUGGGCUCCCCGCCAGCGAGAGCGCAGCCAAUGGCGGGGCGGGGGCGGAGCGUCCUGCAGCCCUCCCGGCCCGCGGAGGAGAGCGCGAGUCAGGCGGGGGCCGGUCCAGCGGCGGAGGCGACGGCGGGAGUCCACGGACGGACGGACGGAGGGAAGGAAGGAAGGCCGGCCAGGCAACCAGCCCCGCCAACAGCGUCGCAUCUGCGGGGACUACUCUCUGCCCGGGAUGCCGAUGCGGGAACAGAAGCAGCCGUGACCUCCGUUGGCCCCUGCUCUCUGCCUCGGGGGGGGACUCUUCUCGAGCACCGCCAUCAAACCGGACCUUUGCAGUUUUGGACAGCGUCUGCAGCAGAACCCACCCAACAGGGAGAGCGAGUUGCCGCCGUUUCGCAGGAUGACCUCGGUGGAUUCGAAGCCAGUCCUUGUCGCACAAAGAGGAGUGGCAUGUGGCGCGUUGACGGCGCUUGCUUAGAAAGUGGGGCUGUGGUUUUUCCACCGGGGGCAAAGCCAUGUGGGCCUCUGGCAGCACAGCCCAGGGGUAGGAAGGAGCGUUUCAUGGUUCAAGGGAGGGGGAAGGAGAGAAGCAGAAGCGACGGCGCAGGCCCGUCUUCGGAGGGAGCCUGCCAGCUGCGUAAGCAGUGUCACGGCCUGCCUCUCUUAGCUGUGCCCUGA